AUGCCGGGUUCGUUGAGCAAAUUGGGUGGGAUGGCGAGCGGAGCACUGCUCGCGUGCUCCCGAGCCGGAGCACUCUCGAAUCAGGCCAGAGGAAUUGUGCACAAGAGUCUGCUCAGGUGAGAAAAUGCAAAAAGAUCCGAUGUUUCUGCUCAUUUUUGUCUUCCAUCUAUUGUUAGAAAAAAGGCUAUAAUUGUAGACUUUCGUCGGAGCACCCGGAGCCGUGGGACUACAAACGGCAGGGAUUCAACUACAUUGACGGCCUGAAAGACGACACGCAGGCGCAUUUGCACCAGAACUCGAAGCUGAUCGUCGUCGAGGGAAACAUUGGAUCCGGCAAGACGACGUUGGCGAAGCAAUUGGCCGAUCAGCUCGGAUUCGUGCAUUUCCCCGAAUUCCGAAUGGACGACAUUCUCGUCGAUCGGUACGGAAACGACCUGAGAAACUAUUAUCAUUUGGUGAGUCCGAGUCGCAACUCUCCGAAAUGAUGCAUGAAAACGGAACAGCGAGCAGUUAGAGUUGUGGCUGUGGCCUAGAAAACUCCUAAGCCAUGGGAUCGGAACAAAUUUAGGGAGGGGAAAUGGUAUUUGUGAGAAAUUAUAUUGUGGAAUGGUGUGAGGAUAAGAAGUGCCCGUCAAUGGAGUAUCGCGUUCAAAUUUGAUUGGCUUAGACGGUCACAUUAUUUUUACUGAUUAAAGUAGAGCUUUCAGAAUUUGUUUGCAUUUCAAUAGGGCAGUUUUGGUGUCAGAUACCGAUGACCUUGACAGAAUCUUUCGAUUUGCCUUCGAUGCCCCAUGAACACACAUUUUGCCUCUCAAAGAUUAUGUAUUUUGUUGCAGUUCCCCGCCCGCUACCGUCUUCCGGACAUUUCGUCGUUCUACAAAAAUCCGAAGGGAGAAUUGUCGGCGGCGAUGCAGGAUCGCAUCUUCAACUCGCGAUUCGAUCAAUAUUUGAACGCCCUCGCCCAUAUUCUCAAUACUGGUAAUUUUUGUAGUUUCUUUCCAGAGACUUCCCACUUUUUCACCGUCUUCCAGGCCAAGGAGUGGUGCUCGAGCGUGCGCCGCACUCGGAUUUCGUCUUUGCCAACGCGAUGAGAGAGAAGAGCUACAUUGGACACGAAUGUACGUUUUUCUGAAUAAUUUUAUUUUAAAAAAAACUCGAGCUUUUUCCCUCAUUUUCAUUGUAAUUAUCGAUGUUUCUUGGCAGACUUCAAGCACUACUACUAUGUGCGCAAACAAGCCAUUCCGCAAUUGCACUUCUGGCCCCAUUUGGUCGUUUAUUUGAACACGCCGACGAGCAAAUGUCUGGAGAACAUCAAGCGACGCGGAAAUGUUGGUUUUGAAAAAAACUGAAUAAAAAUUACUUUUUAAUUGCAGACCGACGAGAUCGCCGUCGUCGACGAGCGUUACCUGAAAACGAUUGAGGAGUCGUACAAGGAUUCGCUGCGCGAGUACCGUAAUCACUCGAAAAUUCUGGCGUACGACUGGUCGAAGCCCGGAGACACCGACGCCGUCGUUGAGGUGAAAAAGCUGGAAAAAAAAACUGGAAUUCGCGCCAAUUUUUUGGCUGUUUUUAUGAUUAUUAAAGCGCUUGCAAUUGGCCGACCCUUGGCCUGAACUUUUGAACCACUUACAAUGAUCCGAUCGGGCCCAAACUUGGAAGGCUUCUUGGACUUGGAUGGAAGUACAUUGGGAAAAAUUUUCAGUCCGAUCGGAUCUUCCGGUCCCGAGAUAUGUGGAUCACAGGCAAAACUCUUUCUUCAACCACUAUAUCCCAGAACCAGGUGAUCCGAUCGGUCUGAAAUUUGGUCCCAAUGUACUCCAAUCCAAGUCCAAGAAGCCAAUUUGCCAGCCCUAGUAAAUUGUAAUUUUCUCCGAUUUUUUUUAGGAUAUCGAACGGCUGGACCUGGAUUUCUUCGAGUGGCACAGCGGAGACGUUCUCGAAGAGUGGAACACGAUCGUCGAUGCGAUCGGAUGGAACGGAUGGCGACAAUAGUACGGCAACGAACAAUAUAUUUAUUGAGAAAAAUUUAGAAAUACUCGAACAUUUUGCAGUGUUACCAACAAAUACGACGCCCGAAUGCUCGCUUUUGACGGAAUUCCAAAGCACGAGGCGCGUUUCGAUUUCCAUUCAGCUACAACAUUAACAAGUUGCAGGUCGGAGAGCUGUACGUGAAUCCGCGCGACACGGGUCACUUCCUGCACGUAAUGCGCAAAGAGGUGCUCAAAUCGCCAUACGGAUACGGUUACAUUGCCAAAAACGGCGACCAUCCGGACGGACUGACCGCCUGGCACACCGGACACCACCUUCCCGAGCCGUGGUACGUCUUUUUCGCAUUUGCAAGUGAAAAAGGAAACUGCUUUGCACUUUUGAGCGCAAAAGGAACAGUGCAAUUCAGGCAGACACUUUCUGAAAAAUGUAGAAAAUGUUGCAGGUACGAGUACUACUACCGGGAGGCGUAUUACGACGAUCUGACGUCUCACGAGACGUCGCUGGAUUUGGAUUCCGACUCGUACGAUCCGGAUUAUGUACACCAUCACCACUAAAUCCCCCCCCCCCCUUUUCUCUGUGUGUCCGUCCGUUUUUCGUAUCUUUUUUUAGUAGAUUCCGUAGAGUUAUUGUCGAUUUUCAAUUCUUCAGACCUUUUCUGCUCGUUUCUUUGCCAUUUUUAACCUAUACACUUUUUAGGAGAAUACGAGAGAAAAAGACGAAAAUAAAGGGUUUUUCUAAUAGAUUUUGAGGAUUGUUUCUUGGAUUUUUCAUUGCGUCGCAGUGCGAUUUGACAAUAUAUUUUGGUUUCAAUUAAACUUUUCACAUUUAUCUAUUUGUACUUUUUCUGCCACGUGGCACUUUCGUUGUCUUGUGUCCUGUGACCCUAGUUAAUCGAUGGAAUCGUUUCGAAAGGACGCGGAUCCAACUCACAGACGAUGGCUACGUUCCCUAGAGACCAUGGUUGCCGGGAACAGAUCCUGUUUUAUCCUCAGAGCUUUAAAGACAGGUACCGUUGGAUCGAAGUUACUCCGAAAAGUCUGUUGCGGUCGUAAAACAUAGUAGUUGAUAGUUUAUUUAGAAAACAUUUGGAUUCCGAGUCAUGAACUAGUUUCCCAGAGCGACGUGACUUUGAGGGCCUAGAUCUGGCCCCAAAAGUGAUUUCUGACAACGGCCGCCACUGACUUUUGGGUGUAACUUUAAGCGUUCUAUCCAAUGAUGUGAAUAUCUCAUACGAUGGCCUCCUUUAAAGCUCUGGGGAUAGAACAGAAUCGGUUCAUAGCAACCAUGGUCUGGAGGGAACGAUCAGUUGUGAAAUGGAUCCGUGUCUGGGGUCAGAGGACACAAGGACAUGGAAGCGACCGACAACGAAUGCGACGUGGCACAGAAAAGUUGAAUGAACGUCGGAAAGUGGCCAUGACUUUUAAAAAUACAUUGUCUUCUCCUCCUCUUUCUCUCUCUCUCUUCUUUCACAGUUUCGCCGCUCGCGUCAUUUGUUGGCACGGCGCCAACCUCGUUUUUCCACUUUUUCCCCCCGCGCGAUCACAAGUUUUCCCCCACUCAAAACGAGAGAAAGAGAGUGUCUUUGCGUCUCUUUCACUUUCAAAUCUCUCGCUUUUCACUGGGAAACACCCCUCUUCAGUGGUCUUCCUGAAAUGAGAGAAAUUGGGCGCCACGCUCCCUUUUUUGUCCUUUUUUUUAGCCAGGAAAAUGGUCGUGGUCCUUGUUUUUUAUUUUAGCAAGUAUCGUAGACCUACAAAACUUUUUGACCUAUCAACGCAAAUCCGAUCUAUUCAUCGUUUCCUAGAAUUGGUUUUUGAGAAGUUCGCUCAUUUCAUUCUUCUUUUCCGUCAUUUUCGUCUCAAUUUCCGUGUACACAAUGCAAAAAUUAUCCGAAAUAGAGAAGAGUAAUCUUUUGAUCUCUUCUCAGAAUUCUACGAAGGUUUUUGAGCAUUAAAAAUGCAAAGAAGCAUGAAAUACUUUGGAAAUGACCCAAAUGUUCAUUGUUCGUGACGUUUCGGCCUAUUAUCGUCUUCAACGAGAAGAACAUUUCUCUGUUUGCUCUUUUUUUGGAAGAAAUACAAAGUUGAGCACUUUUGUAUAAUAUAUGUGAGUUGAAAGUUCACUGCCCACGCCCCUUUUGUUUUAAAAAUGUCGUCUAGUACAAAAUGGACAUAUUCUUCAAAAAGAAGUUCAAAGUGGGCGAUUUAUGUUCCCAAAGUCACACAUUUUCCGAAAAAGGCAAGGAGACCAGGAGAAGCUAGUCCCUCGGCCGUCAAAUUUUCGAAUUUCGUUUCGAAGGCCAACCAUAAAGACACAAAAAUGUCGUGCCGCACGGAAAAUCGAUUUUUUUUCGAAAGCGCACGACACUGACGACACCUUUAAAACAUCAGGUUCCGAGUACGGUCAUGCAUUCUUUGUAGGUGCCUUCUAUACAAGUACCUCCCCGGUAAUUUGUGAUCCUCGAAGACACGGCAAUGUUUUCCUCCUCCUCCUCCUCCUCCGUCUAUUUUCGUCGUGCUCAUUGAUCUCUUCCCAACGUUUUCAACGAAGAUUUUUUUUAGAAAUAAGCGAGAUACUAGGAAUUCAUCUCUGAGCCGAGAACGGGCACACACACACACACUUUUUUAAAACAUUUGAAAAACUGUGAAUUUUCAGUACACAUUAUGAAGACGCUAAUGAAAUGUUUUUGUUCGUUCUAGACUUUGAAAGUGUAUUUGUUUGCCUAGUGACACCAUUUUUAUUAUGAUUGCGUAAAGGGGUCUACACACUUUCAAUUACUCGCUUUACAGCUUCCAAUCGUUCCUUCUACACUUGUUUCUUACAGUUUUUCGCUUCAAAAUUGGUUUGUCCGAGUGUAGUGCAAAUUAACCGCUCUUCCGUAUAAUGCCGGAUUAUCGGACCGCCCGAAAGCUUUUUACAUGAGAGAUUAGAGCCUCGCAAAUCGCAAUUUCCCGCUCUUUUUCUUCGUCCGACCAAAAACUGUAGCCUGCAUUCGGAAAUGACUGAAAAUUAUCGCUUUCUUUCGGUGAUUCUAGAGAAAAUUAAAGAAAAAUAGGUCAGGCGUGAUUUUUUUUCUCGAUAAAAUCAUCAAGACGCCUAGACGAAAGAUGAAAUCUGAUCGGACUACAACGGUUAGAACACAAAGACACUUUUUAUUGGGUUUUGCUGAUCGGAGUCAGUUUUGCACAAAUGCUUCGCGUUUGAUUGCCGGAAAACAUUCACUAGAUUCUUUUCUUAUCGAAAAAAACGCCUGGAAAAUGUUUGUCGUGCAAAAAACGCGAAUCAUCGGUGAAGCAAACUGAAUCCGAUCAGAAAAGCGGCUCGCCCGCAACCAGACACUUUGAAACCGGGCAUUUCGCAACCCCAGAUGAUUCGCUACUUGCCGUUUCGCAACCGGCUCGGCUAGCGAUUGAAGUCUGGAAUUCCGGAAAAGUUUUGCAAGUCUCUUAAAUGCAGAUAUUUAAAACUGGAAAUCUCCCGCAAAAAACGGAAAUGCUAAUUGUCCUUUCUUCCAAUUCCGUCGCACUUCAAAGGGCCAUUUUCGGGCCGUCCAAGGCCGUUUCCCGCUCGUUUCUCCGCGUCUCCACUCUUGUGAAUACACAAAAGAAAGAAAGAGAGAGAGAGAGAGGAUUAGAGAGUGGAGAGACGCAGAGAGUGGUCUUUGGAACUCGCUUUCUCUCUCUCUCUCUCUCGCUUCUCUUUUUCCUCCCUUUUCCAAUUGUUCACGGCGAAAAAAAAUUUUUUUUUCGCAUGAUUCCGCCUUUUUUUGAGACCAUUGGACACGGAAAAUUGUUGCAAAAUCCCUGAUUUGUGUGCAAUCUUUUUCUAAAGAGUUCUGAUGUAUUUUAUCGAUUUUUUGGUGCUGAAUUUGCUUGUUCAGCUCACCGGAACAUUGGGGAGUGUCGCGAACAUUAUUUGUUUGUGAAGUGUCAAAAUUGCGCCUUGUCAGUAGUUUUAUGAUUUUUCUCGUACGAAUAACCCAAUAUUUUCAUUCUUCAAGUUGUCUUCUUCGAAUUUAACAUCUCUCUAUUUUGUCCGGCUCGUUUAUCGUUUACUCUUUCGAAUCAAUUUGAAUUCUAAAAAAUCGAUUUUUUUGCAGAUUUGAAAACGUAAAAAACCCAAAAAAAAAUUGACCCACAACGAAUGGGUUAGACGAUGGAGAAACCCAACUUUUUUCAGUCGUACAAUAAGGUGAAUUUUUGGGUGCAUUGCCACACUUCUUGUCCGAGUCACAGCUCUCAGAAAUGCCUGUAAACGGAACAGCGCGCAGUUAGAAUUGUGGCCGUGGCCUGGAAAGCUCCUAGGCCACGGCACAAUCCUCAGACGUUGUCCCAAGCAUUCACACGAAUUAACAGAUUGUCAAAGUGCAAGGGAAGAGCUUUCACACCUGAGUUUUCUAGGCCACCACUACUUUAACUGCGCGCCAUACCAUGCAUUUUUGAGAGUUGCGACUCGGACAGUGUAUGUGACAGACAAAAAAAAAAUACAAUUUCUAACAUUCCUCCAAGUCUCAGGUGAUCGGCGCCACUGGAGAGCAGCUGGCUCCGGGCGCAGUGCCCGCCCAUCCGGUCUUGGCGCCCGUCCUCGCGCCCGCAGCCGUCCCCUCCAUCUCGAAUGCGUCGAUUGCCGCCAAUCUGCUGCAGUUUCAGCAGAAUCCGCAAUUGGUCAACCUGCUCAAUAUUCACGCACUUCGAUCGGUUCGUUCUUCUCAAUUUUGUUUCAUUCCCAUGAAAAUCUGGAUUUCUAUUGGGAGGGGGGCCUGUCGACUUUUAACCCACUUGCAGUGAUCCGAUCGGGACCAAACAUUGCAGACUUGUCAGGAUUUGGUUGAAGUAUGUUGGUUCCAAGUUUCAGACCGAUCGGAUCAUCUGGUCCCGAGAUAUGUGCAUCGGAGGCCGAUAACGGCCUUUUCGCCUCUGAUCCACAUAUCUCGGGACCAAAGGAUCCGACCGGUCUCAAACUUGGACUCAAUGUACUUCAAUCCAAGUCCAAGAAGCGCGGUGGGUCAAAAGUCCAGGCCUCGAAAAGCCUGGGCCGAAAUUCUCUCAUUCUUAUUGAAAUGUUUAUUUGUGAAAAAAACAAUGACAUCAUCAUUAUUUUUCUCUCUCUCUCUCUCUCUCUUUCUCCGCCCACACAAUCAUAAUACACACACGUUCAUGAUGUGAUUGCGGGACAGAAAUAGAGGCGAAACCGGUUAAGAACGAGAAAAGUGACCAGGGGGGAAAUCGAAGAAUUCUCAACUGUUUUCUCUCAAUUUCACCCAUCUUUUGCGGCAUUUUGCAAUGAGAAAGGCUCCGCGAAAAACUGUCCGAUUUCGACUUCCCAGGGUUUGUAAUCAUUUGUUUUUCUGAAAUUUCAACAAACGCCUCUAAUCAUUUUGGUUUCAGCAACUGGAAAAUCAAGUGGCCGUACAACAAUUGGCGGCCGCGAAUCCUCAAUUUCAAUUGAACGGAGCCGCCGCGAAUCUUCUGGCCGCGCAGAGCAUUUCACAAAUUCCCAUCUCUUUUCAAGCCGGAAGCGGAGCUACUGUGGUCGUCAAUGGAGUCACCGAAUCGCUUAGUUCGUUUUUACAUCACUUGAUUAUUUGGAGCUGAGAGCUGCGCAGAAUUUCGGCCCAGGCUCGGACUUUUGACCCACUUGCAAUGAUCCGAUCGGGUCCAAACUUUGCGGGCUUCUCGGGAUCGGAUUGAAGCAUAUUGGGUUCAAGUUUCAAGCCGAUUGGAUCAUAUGGUCCCGAGAUAUACUGGUUUGAGGCCGAAGAAGCCGCCCACGUCCUCAACCCAGUAUAUCUCGGGACCGGAUGAUCGGAUCGGUCUGAAACUUGGACCCAAUAUACUUCAAUUCAAUCCCAAGAAGUCUGCAAAGUUUGGGCCCAAUCGGAUCAUUGCAAGUGGAUCAAAAGUUCAGGCCGCAAAAAGCCUGGGCCGAAAUUUGCCCAGCCCUGUUGAAGUUGCAUGAUUUUGUAUUUCUGAAUCAAUUUUCGAGACCUUCUAAAAAGCAAUGCCAUUUUUUGCAGAAAAAAUCACGGAAACGGCGCAUCGGCAGUUCCAGAUUGGCGACUACAAAAAGGCGGAGGACACGUGCAAACAGAUUUUCGCCCAGGAUCCCAACAAUUUGUCCGUGCUCCUUCUCCUCUCCGCGAUCAAUUUUCAGACGAAAUCCUACGAGGAGUACGUUUGUUUCAAUCAAUCGAUUCAGUAUCACCGUGACUUUUUAACGAUUUUGAUGUUUUCUGAAAUCAAAUCAGGCAUCUCAAUGUCUUUACGUUUUGCAGUUCGAUGACCUACUCGGUGCUGGCGAUAAAAGUGAAUCCGCAGUGCGCCGAAGCCUACAGUAACCUCGGAAAUUACUAUAAAGAGAAGGGACAGUUGGCGGAGGCGCUCGACAAUUACAGAAUCGCGGUCAAGUUGAAGCCCGAAUUCAUCGACGGCUACAUCAAUCUGGCGGCGGCUCUCGUCUCGGGCGGAGACCUCGAUCAGGCGGUGCUCUCCUACCAGAGUGCACUGAACAUAUCGCCCGACUUGUAUUGUGUUCGAUCGGACCUCGGAAACUUGUUCAAAGCGAUGGGAAGGCUCGAGGAGGCCAAGGUGAUUGCGUUUGACUGUGAGCCGGGCCGUGUGAGCAUGCGCCUCUAGUGACACUGAAACUGAAAGAGUCGAGAUCCAUCCAGCGAGAGAAAAUCCAAGAAAACCUAUGAAUAUUGUAGACGUGCUACCUGCGUGCGAUCGAAACUCAGCCGCAGUUCGCGGUCGCGUGGUCCAACCUCGGCUGCGUGUUCAACAGUCAGGGCGAGAUAUGGCUCGCCAUACAUCAUUUCGAGAAGGCCGUCACUUUGGAUCCGAACUUCCUCGACGCCUACAUCAAUCUGGGAAACGUGCUCAAAGAGGCCAGGAUUUUCGAUCGGUUUGUCGGAAAAUUAACAUUUACUUCAACUUUUUCAGUCUCUCGGGAACUCUUUUACACUUUCUAUCGGCUCCCCGACGUUUCGCAACCGCGUCAACUUUGGCAGUGCAAUUUAUCGCCAAGUAGUUCACGUUUGUUGCAAAGUGUCGCGAUUUCGAAACGUCUCGGGGCAAGCGUGUUCUCUUCAAGUCAUGCGAGUAGAGUCGCCCCAAAGAAAUUGUCGAAUAUUCAGAGCCGUGUCGGCGUACCUUCGCGCCCUGAAUUUGGCGGGAAACCACGCGGUGGUGCACGGCAACCUGGCGUGCGUCUACUACGAACAGGGCCUCAUCGAUUUGGCGAUCGACACGUACAAAAAGGCGAUCGAGCUGCAACCGCACUUUCCGGACGCCUACUGUAAUCUGGCGAACGCGCUGAAAGAGAAGGGCAGUGUCGCCGAGGCGGAGCAAAUGUAUUUGAAGGCGUUGGAGGUGAGAGUGUGGCAAAAACUGGGGAAUAAGUUGUGAACUCUUUUGUUUUCCCGUCAUUUUUUCUGUAUUUUUCACAUACUCACUCACCUACACACACACACACACACAGAUUUCCGUUGUCUUAAGCCAAAGCAGAGGUCUCGCGAGCGUUUCUCGUGGAAAAAAAUGGCAUGAUUUUUCAAUCUUACAGGAAAUUCUCUAUUGUUCGGGGUCAGCGGUGCCAAACGGGGCGCCCCAAAAAUACCCCCAUCAACAGAGGUUCCGUGGAACUUUUUGCUAUUUUUGAUAUAAAAAAUAAACUAUUGGUACUAACAUAGACUUUGCUUUCUUUCGCUCCUCAAUCACUUGUGGACGCUUGGGUUUUGCAGUUGUGUCCCACGCACGCAGACUCGCAAAACAAUCUGGCGAACAUCAAACGGGAACAGGGACGUGUCGAGGAGGCGACGCGUCUCUACCUGAAGGCGCUCGAAAUCUAUCCGGAAUUCGCGGCGGCGCACUCGAAUCUCGCGUCGAUACUGCAGCAGCAGGGCAAACUCUCCGACGCGAUCCUCCACUACAAGGAGGCGAUUCGGAUUGCGCCCACGUUCGCCGACGCCUACUCGAACAUGGGCAACACGCUGAAGGAGAUGGGCGACAGCACGUCGGCGAUCGCCUGCUACAAUCGGGCCAUUCAGAUCAACCCGGCGUUUGCGGACGCUCACAGCAACCUCGCCAGCAUACACAAGGUUUGUAGGGGGGAAGUGGUGGGGCCACUGAAAAUUGAAAUAUUUUCGGUGCAAGUUUCGGCCCGAUCUGCUAUAGAUGUGAACUUUAAAUACGUGGUGAAGCCGGCCUGAAACUUGGACCCAAAAUGCUUCGAUUCGAGUCCGAUCGGAGUAUUUCUGUAGCGAUUCGAUGAUGAUGUCAAUUAUUUGCAGGACGCCGGAAACAUGGCCGAAGCGAUUCAGAGCUAUUCGACCGCUUUGAAACUGAAACCCGACUUUCCGGACGCGUUCUGCAACCUCGCCCACUGCCUUCAAAUUAUCUGCGAUUGGACCGACUACGACAAGAGGUUAGUCGGUUUUUGAGGAUACGCUUUUUGAGAAUUUGCAAGGUCUAGUCGGGAGACAAUCAUUGAAGCUCAAUCUCUCUUUAUAUUCUAGUUAUUUGUUUUAGAAUGCGAAAACUGGUGAUGAUUGUGGAAGAGCAGCUGGGAAAGAAGCGUCUUCCAUCAGUCCAUCCCCAUCAUUCGAUGCUCUACCCGCUGACGCACUCCACAAGAAUCGCCAUCGCUGCGAAACACGCGCAGUUGUGUUUCGACAAGGUGCAAGUGCAAAUGCUCGGCAAGACGCCGCUGAUCCACGCGGAUCGGUUCAGUGUGCGGAACGGUCAACGCCUCCGCAUCGGCUACGUCUCGUCGGACUUUGGAAAUCAUCCGACGUCGCAUCUGAUGCAGUCCAUCCCGGGAAUGCACGAUCGGACGAGAGUCGAAGUGUUCUGCUACGCGCUCUCGGUCAACGAUGGCACCAACUUCCGCUCGAAACUGAUGGCCGAGUCCGAGCAUUUCGUCGAUUUGUCGCAGGUGCCGUGCAACGGAAAGGCGGCGGAGAAGAUUGCGCAGGACGGAAUCCACAUUCUGAUCAACAUGAACGGCUACACGAAGGGCGCGCGCAACGAGAUAUUCGCCCUGCGGCCCGCUCCGAUUCAAGUCAUGUGGCUGGGGUAUCCGUCCACUUCGGGAGCCACUUUCAUGGACUAUAUCAUCACGGAUGCGGUCACUUCGCCCCUCCGAUUGGCCAACGCGUACACUGAAAAGCUGGCCUACAUGCCGCACACGUUCUUCAUCGGCGACCACGCGCAAAUGCUGCGGCACCUGACGGAGAAGGUGGUGGUGAAGGACAAGGAGGCGACCGAACGGGACUCGUGCCUCAUCAUGAACACGGCCAACAUGGACCCGAUUCUCGCAAAGUCGGAGAUCAAAGAACACGUGCUGGACACGCAAGUGGUCAAGGGACCCACGAAGGAGCUCGUCCGUGCCGAAGUCGUGUUUCCCGUGCUGGAGGUGCCGACGGAGCCGAUCAAGCAGAUGAUCAUGACGGGACAGAUGACGAUGAACGUGAUGGAGGAUAUGAAUGUGCAGAACGGACUCGGGCAGGUAAGAUUGAACCGAAAUCACCGUUUCUCUGUCCAAGAAAAUGUUUGGACCAAUUUUAUAAUAUGGCUUUUCAAAAAAUCUAGAAACUUAUUGAUCAACCUAAAAUAUGUGCAACGUUUUGCAGUCACAAAUGCACCACAAAGCGGCGACGGGCGAGGAGAUUCCGAACUCGGUGCUGCUGACGUCGCGGGCCCAAUACCAGCUGCCGGACGAUGCGAUCGUGUUCUGCAACUUCAACCAACUCUACAAAAUCGAUCCGUCCACGCUCGAUAUGUGGAUCAAAAUCAUCGACAGCGUGCCGAAAUCGGUGCUUUGGCUGCUGCGGUUCCCCUAUCAGGGAGAGGAGCACAUUCGCAAGUACUGUAUCGAUCGGGGCGUCGACCCGAAACGCAUCGUUUUCAGUAAUGUCGCCGCUAAGGUUUGUUUCUCGCCGAUUCGUUUUGGAGUGACGUUGUGAAGAAGCCGCUUUCGAGCGUUAGCUUCGCUCGAAGUCUUGUUCUUAUUAGCAAAAGUAAAAAGAGCAAAUAAAGUGUAUACAGUAUUCGUUGCAGGAAGAGCACGUUCGUCGCGGACAACUGGCGGACGUGUGUCUGGACACGCCGCUCUGCAACGGACACACCACCGGAAUGGACAUUUUGUGGACCGGAACGCCCAUGGUCACCAUGCCGUGUAAGCAUUUUUUCUUUAUAAGCGAACUAGCCGAAAAUCUUAGAGUGCUUCAAUUAGGGCCAUAUUUUGAAAGUGCAAGAGCCUGAGUCGACGAGACAGGUAUCCAAACAGUUGGAAACGCGGGCGAAGGGAACGGGGGGAAGAUGCUGCACUGGGUACCAUAAGCCAGAGAAAACAAAUGGCCCCAGAGCCUAUGCAACAUCAUCUUUAGUACCAUGAGACGGGACCACCCGCGUCCCAAGCCGUUUGGAUACCUGGUCAAUAGAGAUCCAUCUAAUUUUAGGAUGCAUACAGUCAUUAUCGAUUCUCUUCCAGAGUUUUAAAAUGUUUGUUGCAGUGGAAACGCUGGCUUCGCGCGUGGCCGCCUCGCAAUUGUACGCGCUCGGAGUGCCGGAAUUGGUGGCACGCAGCAAAGCGGAAUACGUUCAGAUCGCCGUUCGUCUGGGCACCGACGCCGAAUUGUAAGUGAACGGCCGACAUUUGUGGGGAAAAUUGAGCGUUUUUGAAUAAAUCCGAAGAGAAUGUCUAGGGCAAUUUUCAACUUUCAGCUUGCAAAACAUGCGCGCCAAAGUGUGGAUGGCGCGGACGACGUCGACACUGUUCGACGUGAAACAAUAUUGUCGCGAUAUGGAAGAGUUGUUGGACCAAAUGUGGAAGAGAUACGAGAACGGAAUGCCGGUCGACCACAUUACGAACAAUACCGAAACGCCGAAAGGACUUUGA